AAAAAGACUUUGUCUUUAUUGACAGAAAUAAAUUAUUUUUUUGCUGUCAAUCAAAAUGGGUACAAGAAGUAUUUUAAAAGUGUUUUUAAAGAAUUUAGGAAAUUCACGAAGAAUUUUGCCCGUUAAAUUAGCUCCCCCGUUAUUAGAAAUUUUCGAUAAAAAGUUUCAAGUUGCUCCUAGAUCAGUUUUGGAUAUCUAUAAAAUCGAUGAAUCGAAAAAAUGGGUUGUGGCGGUUCGUGAAUCGCAAAAAAAUCAAUAUUUAAAGAAACGAUUUGCAAAUUCUGUAUCGAAAUUAUUUAAAAAUUGGGGCGUAAGACAUUAUUCGAAUAUAAAAAAGCCUCCUAGUAUUCAAGCAUUUUUAAAAACGGACGAAAAAAAAUCUUGCGUACUUCAAAAGGAUGGAAAUUUCAAUAAAAAGUUUUUACCCGUAAAUGGUUUUGUACCAUCUCUUACGCAAUCGACUAAAAAUCAAAAUAAAUUUGUUUCCAUCAAAGAAAAUAAACAGCAAAAAGGUUAUCCUAUAUCAAUUUUGAUGAAAAGCCAGAACAAAAAUUUCCAACCAAAUUUAUCAAAAAGUACGAAAUUUAACGUUAAUAGACACAAAAAUGAGGUGAGAUAUAAAAAAAUAAUCGAAAAUAAAGCUGUUAUCAAAACAAUUCCCGAAUAUGUACCAAAAAUGAAAUGAAAAUAACCCACAAAUUUAAAAUAAACAGUUUCCUUACAAGUA